AUGGCUCUGCCCACUGAUAUAUGGCAAUACUCAUAUCACAUAUUCAAAAUCCAAUGGUUCUUGCUUGGGAGAGCUCAUCCUCGUAUGGGCGAUAAAAUCAAACAGUGGAACCUUUCAAAUUUCUACUAUUCUUGCUUGACCCUUGAGCGAGCUACAUCUCGCUUGAGAGGAGGUGACUGUGAAGGUGAUGGGGGUGGUGGUGAAUUAGUUGAGUUUGGGGGGAGGGGUGGAGGUGGUGGUAAGUGUGGUGGUGGUGAGUUAGUUGAGUUUGGAGUGGGGGGAGGUGGUGACUGUGAAGGUGGUGGUGGAGGUGAAUUAGUUGAGUUUGGGGGGAGGGGUGGAGGUGGUGGUGAGUUAGUUGAGUUUGGAGUGAGGGGAGGUGGUGACUGUGAAGGUGGUGGUGGAGGUGAAUUAGUUGAGUUUGGGGUGAGGGGUGGAGGUGGCGGCGGUGAGGGUGGUGGUGGAGGUGGUGGUGACUGCGAAGAAGUUGGUGGUAGUGGUGAAUUAGUUGAGUUUGGAGUGAGGGGUGGUGGCGGUGGUGAGUGUGGCGGUGGUGGUGGUGGAGGUGGUGACUGUGAAGGUGGUGGUGGUGGUGGUGGCGACGAGUGUGCUGGUGGAGGUGGUGGUGACUGUGAAGGAGGUGGUGGUGGUGAAUUAGUUGAGUUUGGGGUGAGGGGUGGAGGUGGUGGCAGCGGUGGUGACUGUGAAGAAGGUGGUGGUGGUGGUGGUGAAUUAGUUGAGUUUGGGGUGAGGGGUGGUGGUGGCGGUGGUGACUGUGAAGGUGGUGGUGGAGGUGGUGGUGGUGAAUUAGUUGAGUUUGGGGUGAGGGGUGGAGGGGGUGGCGGUGAGUGUGAUGGUGGAGGUGGUGGUGAAUUAGUUGAGUUUGGGGUGAGGGGUGGUGGUGGUGGUGGAGGUGGUGGUGACUGUGAAGGAGGUGGUGGUGGUGAAUUAGUUGAGUUUGGGGUGAGGGGGGGUGGUGGCGGUGGUGACUGUGAAAGUGGUGGUGAAUUAGUUGAGUUUAGGGUGAGGGGUGGAGGUGGUGGCGGUGAGUAUGGUGGUGGAGGUGGUGGUGACUGUGAAGGAGGUGGUGGCGGCCGCGAGUGUGGUAGUGGAGGUGGUGGUGGUGGUGACUUAGUUGAGUUUGUGGUGAGUGGGGGUGGCGGUGAGUGUGAAUGUGAAUGUGGAGGUGGAAAAUGUGUUAUGUGA